AUGUUCCCUUUCCACUCCUCCGCAGCUCCCAGCGCUUUCCGCUCGAUGUCGUCGCUUCCGGGCGCUUGGUCUUCGAACUGGUCUUUAUCUCUUCAGGAUGAACAGGCAGUGGAUGCGCAAAACACCGUAAAGGUGCCGGAAUGCACGAUAUUCGCCGACACCUUUCAGCCGAGUCGAAACGCUCAUCCCGCCCUGAGGGAAUUGGCCAGGAGUGAAGGGGGACGGUCUCCUACUCCCACAAAGUCCCCUGUGUGCGACUACCGAGUCUCCGUCGCUCUCUCUGAGGAGUCAACGGCGUCGGAUGACUUUUACAGCUUCACAUCUCAUGAGGAUCCCGACACGACUUUGCAUGCGAAUAUGACUGUGAUCUUGCCUAGCAAGGGGAUGGAAAAUUCGGACUCUACCAAGGGCUCACUCCACCACGCCGAAUCAAGCUUUGGCUCGACUGAGUUAGCCUUAAGCUUACAUGGAAGUUCCACUGGAGACGCCACUUUAUCAGAUAUCGCUUCGUCCGAGGCCUCAUUACGGCGAUCCGGCAGUUCGUCUACGAAGGCAUCACGCAUCGUUCUGGACAAAGAUUCACCAGCCAGUGUUUCUCGAUUGCAGGCAGAGGUCCCACCAGAAAUUUCUAUUUCUUGUGGGUCGCCCAGAAGUAUUGCGUCUGCGAGGUUAUCUGCUUCGUCCUAUAUGCAUGAUGCAGACGACGACGGUUCCCGCUUUUCGGCCUAUUCAAAUUAUUCGGCACCCGAUUAUGCAGGACUUCAUAACUUUCUUCGCCACCGAGCCGCCGAGAGUUCCGAAGAAAGCAUAGGCUUACGGCCUCCUGGAUUUUGGGAAUUUGAGCCUCACGCCCGUCGCCAACGAAUUAUCGAAACCAGUAAUUAUGAACCGCCGAGCGGUAGUCUGCUCUUAUCCCAGCCGGAUGGAAAUAACCCCUGGACACUUUCCUUGGAUCCAUCCCUCACGUCAGAGUCGGUAUCGCAGUCCUCGGCCUCCUGUCGGUCAGUCACGACGUCGCUCGCCUCGCAGAAUGAAGGACCUUUCAACAGGCAUACCCCUAGUCCUUCUUUUGUCUCUUCCUCCCCCCAACUCAAUACCGCCUUUAUUCGGCCUUCAUUCCGUCACCCAUAUGGAGGCGAUUUUCCCGACGUGGAGGUCAGCACAACCCGACAGGGCUCCCAUAUGUCUAUUCGCGGUGAACGCCGAGAGUACAGCGCCAUGGAAUUCUCUCAGAAAGCGCCAGCCGCACCGAAGAAAGCAUUGAAAAAGACGAAGCAGUUCUACCUCAAGAUCAAGAAGCUGUUCACAACAAAGGCAUCAACUUCGUCAAGAUCAAUUACGCGCCGGGCAUUAAAUGACUCUUCAUUAGGACGGAGUCAGGGCCUGUACGUGUUCCCAGGUAUAGACGUUCAGCAAGCAGUGCCUUCGCUCAGCUACCACUCGGAUACACCGUCGACUCAAGGAUUCCCGCAGCCGCAGACUCCGUCUCAAAGCUCUAUCUACCGGCGCCCAUUCACCCGUUCGCUCAAACUAUCUUCACCAUCCGUCGCUCUUUCUUACACUCCCGACCGCACGUCCAACUACCCCGCCUCCUCAGUGGGGGAACGCUUCACUUACGAAUACCACGCCAGACCGAGGACGCUCUCGGAGAUCAAGUCCAAGAGACGUUUCUCGCUCCCCACCAUCUUUACGAAACCCACCGUCUCUCGUCCGAACAGUUCCUCGGGGCGUACCAUCAAUGCCUCGAGAACCCAUAUCCCUGAAGAUGUUCCUCUCGAACAGGGCGAUUCUCAACACCUUAGACCUACCUACGCUUGA